AUGGACGAACUCUUCAAAGCACCCCCCGAACCCGCCACCGCUCUGGGCCGCUACCGCGUUCUCUCCUCCACAGCGGGUAUCCGCCUAGGCGGCAUGUCCAUCGGCGACGCCUGGGCCCAAUUCAUGGGCAGCAUGGACAAAGAACAAUCCUUCAAACUGCUGGACGCCUUCGUCGCCGCCGGCGGCAACUUCAUCGACACAGCCAACAACUACCAAAACGAGCAAUCCGAGACCUGGAUCGGCGAAUGGAUGACCGCCCGCAAGAACCGCGAUCAAAUCGUUCUGGCCACAAAGUUCACCACGGACUAUCGCACCUGGGAAUUGGGCAAGGGCAAUGCGCCUAACGCGGUGGGAAACCAUAAGCGCAGUAUGUUCAACAGCGUGCGCGACUCGCUGCGCAAGCUGCAGACCGAUUAUAUCGAUGUGUUGUAUCUGCAUUGGUGGGAUCAUACUACCUCCAUCGAGGAGAUUAUGGACUCGUUGCAUAUCCUCGUCGAGCAGGGCAAGGUCAUGUACCUCGGUAUCUCGGAUAGUCCCGCGUGGGUUGUAUCAGCGGCGAACACGUAUGCCCGCGCACAUGGCAAGACGCCAUUCUCCGUGUAUCAGGGUCGAUGGAAUGUGAUGCGCCGCGACUUUGAGCGGGAUAUUCUCCCCAUGGCGCGACACUUUGGUAUGGCGUUGGCGCCGUGGGAUGUCCUGGGCAGCGGACAUUUCCAGACAGCCAAGCAACUGGAGGCACGCAAGGCAAGCGGCGAGGGUCUGCGCAGUGUUAUGGGCGCGGAGCAGAGUGAGGAUGAGCGACGCAUUUCAGAGGCCUUGGCGACGGUUGCUGCGGAGCAUGGCAUUGAGUCCGUCACUGCUGUUGCGUUGGCUUAUGUGAUGUGUAAAAGUCCCAAUGUCUUCCCCAUCGUGGGCGGCCGCAAGAUCGAGCAUCUGCAUGAUAAUAUCCAGGCGCUGUCGAUCCGUCUGACGGAGAAGCAGAUUCAGUUCCUUGAGGCUGCGACGGUGUUCGAUGUUGGGUUCCCCAAUAACUUUAUUGGUCAGGACCCGGCUACUACUACUGGAAAGGCUGCCAUGCUUGCCCAGACUGGUGGUCACAUUGACUUUGUGAUGGCUCCCAAGGCAAUUGGAUAUGAGCCCGGUCAUUAA